AUACAGAGGUUAAUAAUAUUCUUAAUGAAGCAGAAGAGUCUGAUAAUAGUUUAGAAUAUAACAAAGAAAAUCGAAGAUCUAAAAGAGUAAAAACUUUAACUACUAAUCAAGAGUUCGAUAAUAAAAAAAAUCAAGAUCUUGAAAAUGAUAAUAGCUUUGAAAUUAGACAACGUCCUCAAAGAUCCUUAUAUCUUCAAAAUACUAAGAAUAUAUCAAAAAAAAAUAUCCUUAAAGAAAAUCCAAAAAAUCCAAAAAAUGAACUUAAAUAA